UCAGAAAUUGAUAAUGAUGCAAAUGCAAUGUCACAUUCCAAAAAUUUUCUCCAUUUAACAACUACUGUAUAUUAUUAUUAUUAUUAUUUAUAAGUUAGAUUAGACACCCAUACUCUCUCCUCUUCUUUUCUGUAGGUUGCUGCUAAGAAAAUUCUCUCCAACCCCACAAGCAAAGCAGCUUUAACUUUAUUCAGUUUUUUUUUUUUAAUUUCUUCUCUCUCCACUGGGUUUCUGUGCCACUUUGUUGUGGGAUCUACUUCAUCACAAUGGGUUUCUCCCAAGGAACCUGCACUGAUUCCAGUGACAUUUCCAUUGCCCCAAAUGUUCCUCUUCCUCCUCCUUCCUCUUCCUCCUCCUCUCUACUUGCACAUCACUACUGUGACCACAACAACCUCAAAUUCAGAACCUUUCUCGGAAAAAUGAUUUGGGAUUUUGGUUUUGCAUGUCUUUCCAGCCCUUCUUCUCCUCCUCCUUCUUCUUCUUCUUCGAGUAGGAGGAGGAAUAGCUGCAAAGAUGAUGAAUGCAGCAACAAGAAGGGUAAUUUGGAGCACAACAAGGCUUGGCUUCUUGCUGAGUCUGGUGGCUGUGGAGCUGAACUGUUGAACAAUGCAGAGCCUCAAUCGGUUCACUCUUCUUUCAGGUUCAGCUUCUGUUCUCAGGUUGAGUUGGAGUCCCUCAACAUGAGUUCUUCAAGUGCUGCAACGGUUCUCAUGGUGAAUUUGGACAAUGGUGUCAGUGAAUCACGCGCCAGAGAGAUCAAGUGGAGGAGGAUUGAGUCUUUGGAGAAGAGCAUUUCCCCAGUUGCACACUCUUUGAUCAGAUUCACCUAUGCUGAAAUACUCUCUGCUACCCGCAAUUUCUCCAAAGGUAGAGUAUUGGGGAGAGGGGCGUUGAGCUGUGUUUUUAGAGGGAGAGUUGGGAUUUUGAGAACUGUGGUGGCUAUAAAACGCUUGGAUAAGGAAGAUAAGGAGUCUGCAAAGGCAUUUUGUAGAGAAUUGAUGAUUGCAAGUUCCCUUCAUAGCCCAAACGUCGUUCCCCUUGUUGGUUUUUGUAUUGACCCGGAGGAGGGUUUGUUCUUGGUGUACAAGUAUGUCUCAGGUGGCAGCUUGGAGCGGCACUUGCAUGGGAGGAAGAAGGGUGGGAAGGGUAGUUCACCCCUUCCAUGGUCUGUGAGGUACAAAGUUGCAAUUGGGAUUGCAGAGGCUGUGGCUUAUCUGCAUAAUGGAACUGAAAGAUGUGUUGUUCACAGAGACAUUAAGCCCUCUAACAUUCUGCUUUCUUCUAAGAAGACUCCCAAGUUAUGUGAUUUCGGGUUAGCUACUUGGACUACAGCGCCUUCAGUUCCUUUCCUUUGCAAAACUGUCAAAGGAACAUUUGGAUAUUUGGCUCCUGAGUAUUUCCAACAUGGUAAAGUAUCAGAUAAGACUGAUGUUUAUGCUUUUGGAGUUGUCCUAUUGGAACUUAUAACUGGUCGGAAACCAAUUGAAGCAAAAAGGUCUCAGGGGGAGGAGAACUUGGUCCUAUGGGCUAAGCCUUUUCUACAGAAAGGGAAAGGAGCCAUUGACGAGCUGCUCGAUCCUCAACUCAAAUGCAGUUUGAGAUUCUCAAAUCAAAUCGCUCGGAUGAUCGAAGCAGCAGCCGCUUCUGUCACAAACGAGGAAUCUCGACGACCCGGCAUACACGAGAUUAUCGCGAUACUGAAAGGUGAAGAAGAACCUCUUUUCUCUAAAAGAAAGAAGUCUGGUUUUCUCGGGAAUGGAUGUGUGAUUGAUUGUUAUUCUCAGCUAGAACAAACAAAUAAUGAGAUGAAAAGUCACUUGGCUUUGGCAAUGCUAGGAGUUUCUGAGUUUGAGGAUGAGGAUUAUCUCUAUGGUCGUUAAAAACAUGAUAACUACCUCAAAACAAUUCACUUUUUGCCAUGAUUCUUACUUUUCUGACUAGAGUAUUAAAGAUAUAUAUAUCUAAGCGUGUUGAAAUUGUAAAUAGAACUAGGAGCUAAGACAAAGAUUGGUUUGUCUGUAGAUAUCUUCCCUUUGUGUUUUACCUUAUUGUCAAAAGGUGAAGUGUAGUUCAUUGUUUGUGCUUCAUGUUGUAAAACAAUAUCUUUUAUUCUUACAAGUUACCGCCGCACAAAGUUUAGGUUGGAUUGGAGAAUAGAAAACUUUCAUUUUGAAGUUCUCAGUGGCUAAACAUCAAAGUAACAUAUUGAACAACAUUCAUAGAACUAUUUGUUCUUACACUAAUGGAUUCAUUUUGG